GCGGUCGCCGGCGAAGUGGUGCGCACGACCCGCCGCCGCCCCGAGAGCGGGGGGCGGGGAGGAGAGGGCGGGGAAGAGGAAGAAGAAGAAGCAGGGUGCAGCGUAGCGAGUCCGGCGGCCGCCGCCUCCCCCCCCGCCCGGCCAUGAUCAAAGCCAUCCUCAUCUUCAACAACCACGGCAAGCCGCGUCUCUCCAAGUUCUACCAGCGCUAUAGUGAAGAUACACAGCAACAAAUUAUCAGAGAAACUUUCCAUUUAGUUUCGAAACGUGAUGAAAAUGUCUGUAAUUUCCUAGAAGGAGGAUUGUUAAUAGGUGGAUCUGAUAACAAACUAAUUUACCGACACUAUGCCACCUUGUAUUUUGUCUUCUGUGUGGAUUCUUCAGAAAGUGAGCUUGGCAUUUUAGACCUCAUACAAGUAUUUGUGGAAACACUAGACAAAUGUUUUGAAAAUGUCUGUGAACUGGAUUUAAUCUUCCAUGUAGACAAGGUCCAUAAUAUAUUGGCCGAAAUGGUCAUGGGUGGAAUGGUUUUGGAGACCAACAUGAAUGAAAUUGUCACUCAGAUUGAUGCUCAAAAUAAACUGGAGAAAUCUGAGGCUGGUUUAGCAGGAGCUCCAGCCCGGGCUGUUUCAGCUGUAAAGAAUAUGAAUCUGCCAGAGAUCCCAAGAAAUAUUAAUAUUGGUGACAUCAGUAUAAAAGUGCCAAACCUGCCCUCUUUUAAAUAACAUGGCUACUCCAGGUAAUACCAAGGAAGAAAUGUAAUAGAGAUUUACCACAUAAUUGUUUACUAAAUAAACGAUAUGUCUAACUUUUACUAUUUGGAUAAAACUCAAAGUAUUGUAUAGACAUAAUUUGAAAAAUCAGUUUGUGGAGUUGAAUGUUGCUUUUUGUUUUGUUUGUGAAAUUAAAGGAAAUGGGUAGUUACCAUGUGAUUUCUGAAUUACAUUCCUAUGCCCUUGUAAGGCAUAUCGCUAUGUCUAGGCUGCUGCAGUGUUUUGGGAAAGUAUCUGAGAUGUUCUUUACUUUGUAUAACCUAUAAUACUGAGAAGGUUUUUUUGUGUAUUCUCUAAGGUCUGUAAGUAGUGCAUUCCUUAACUACUUCUGCUGUUUGUCACAAUUAUUUAAGACUUAAGUGCAAAUGUUGCAUGAAACAUUAAACUCUUGUUUAAAUAAAAUAGUAACAAUCUGGACUUCUAAACACCUGUUUGUCUGAAAUCUCUUUGCAAUAAAUCAUGUUAUUUCCUAUUCAUGGAACCAAUUGACUAAAUAUAAACCCUGUUGUAGCAAGCA